AUGGGUGAAACAGAUACAACAAAUUAUCGUGUAUAUCCAUCUCGAUGGAUUCAGUUGAUAAUCUAUGUUUUAGCAACAUUUUCAAAUGCCUUACAUAGUAUGACAUUUUCACCAAUUCAAUCCGAAACAUCAGAAUUUUAUGGUUUAUCAACAAUACAAGUAAAUGUUUUAGCUAUUAUAUUUCUAUUUCUUUAUCCUGUUGGUACAAUUUUAUCAAUAUGGUUAAAUCAAAAAUUUUCAUUACGAACAGGAAUAAUAGUUGGAAGUAUAUUAAAUCUCGGUGCAUUUAUUCGUUUAUUUUCUUUAAUUUCACCAUUAAAUGGAUAUGCAGCUUUGAUUAUUGGUCAAUUAUUUCCAGCAAUUUCAACAGCUUUAUUCAUGAAUAUAACAGCAUUAUUUGCAGCACGUUGGUUUGCACCUAAACAACGUGAUGUUGCUACAGCUAUUGGUUCAAUGGCUAAUCCAUUAGGUUUAGCUGUUGGUUCUCUUGUUCCAUCAUUAAUUGUUACUGAUGGAUCUUCAUCAACCUCAUUUUUUAUUCUUUUAAUUGCUGAAGCUGGUUUUACAUUAUUAACAACAUUAUUAGUUCUAUUUCUAUUUCGAUCCGAACCACCUACACCACCUUCACCAUCAGAAGAACAUCGUUUACCAAUUAAUAUUAAAAAAGAUCUCAUUGAUCUAUUAAAAAAUCGUCAUUAUCUAAUACUUCUAUUUAGUUUUUCUCUUGGUUUAGCACUUUUUAAUGCAAUAACGGCAUUACUCUAUCAAAUAAUUCAACCAACAGGUUAUUCGAGUACUGAUGCUGGAAUAUUUGGUGCAAUAAUUAUUAUUGCAGGUCUUCUCAAUGCAUUCUUAGCAGGUAUUAUUAUGGAUCGAACACAUGCAUAUCGACUUAUAUUAAAACUUUUAUCAAUUGGUGCUUGUGGAGCAUGUAUUUAUUUUAUUUUAAUACUUCAACCGAAUCAAUUCUAUCCAUUAGCUGUUUCAAUUGGUUUAAUGGGUUUCUUUUUAUUACCAUUAUUACCUGUUGCAUUUGAAUGUGCUGUAGAAUGUACGUAUCCAAUUCGUGCAGAAUGGUCAACAGGUCUUUUAAUGUGUGUUGGAAAUGUUCUUGGUGGUAUAUUUAUUUUUGUUCUCGGUGAACUUAUUAAAUCAAAACCUAUUUCAAAUUCUAUGAUUAUUAUUACACCAACAUCUAUAUUCAUUCUUUGUUGUUCUGUUAUUAGUACUUUAGUAUUAUUGACUUAUAAUGGGCCUUAUUUAAGACUUGAAGCUGAAUAUCGAGUUGAUACUAGAACGUUUUCAGAUGCUUCAGAUUUGUAA